AUGCCAGCAUAUACUCCUCCUAGCUCUACUGUGUCCAGCCUCUCAGAGCAGUCUUUCGAGAGCUCGGUUCAGGAGCUUCCGACGGAGAUCUUGUGCAGCAUCUUUGCAUAUGCACUCCCUUCAAUUGAGUGGGCGCCGGACGCUCACGGUUCUCCUCCUAGACACGACGAAAUCAGCCAUAGGGUACAGGUAGCAAUUGUUAUAUCUCACGUAUCCAGCCGUUGGCGUGAUGUUGCUCUGGAUACGCCAUGGCUCUGGAACAUGACGCGAGUCAACUGGUCACCUUUCUCCCUUGGUCACGUCGACAGCCACCUGAGUCUCACCAAGGAGCUGCUUGCUCGUUCUCGGGAUCAUCCCACCCGCUUGUCGCUGUACGUUGCGGAGAAAUACGCUUCGAACUUCGCAGAGGACUGUGCGCGCGGAUUCCUAUCUGAUCCCUAUCUGCGCCAGUCGUGUCGCGUCCUUGACGUCGCCACCGACGAAGAGCAGCUCGACGCGCUCGACGUCAACACGCUCCUGCGCGUGCUCGCCGACUUCCCGCGCCUCGCGCACCUCACCCUGCCCAACGCAAACGCGCACCUCAGCGACCUGCUCAUCCCGUCGCGCGAGCCCGCCAAGCGCGCGACACUCGGCAACCUCCGCCGGCUGCAGAUCUCGAUCGGGAACCCCGCGGACGCGGACGCGCUCUUCGACUCGGACCUCGUCUGGGCGCGCCUCGAGACGCUCGUGGUCACGUACACCGCGGCGUGGCCGUACGCGAGCCCCGACACGCUCGCGCGCUGUUUCCCGCGCCUCCAAGAGCUGUUCGUCGCCGUCGAGGGGCUUGACAUGGAGCCGCCGUCGCCGUCGGUGCUCCCGCGCGUGCACCCGACGCUGCGUGUGCUCGGGCUCACGACCGACCACUGGAGGAGCGACACGUCGCUAGAGGACGGGAGCGGAGACAGUACGUUCCUGCGGGGCAUCACCGUUCCCAGCCUCGAGUCGCUCUUGGUCCCGAUCCGGUGCAGGAGCGAGCUGGAGGUGGUCGCUCGCCUUCUAGACCGCUCUGAGUGUCAUUUGGAUGCGGUCAGGCUCACCGUGGUGGUGUACUGCGAAUGGACAGUCACGAAAGAGGAGGUAGAAGAGAUGCUGCCAGGUGUACGCGUCUUUGAAGAGGAAUCACUGUUUGGCUCUGCAGAGUUCAGACAGUGCAAGGGGAAAUGGUACGCUUUGAACUGA